UCUGUUUACACGGCGUGUGUAGGGUAAUCGUUGUCAAUAUUACAAUCCAGCAUGAUUUUAUCGGUGUUAGACGCUGUUAAUGCGUCGAUAGGUUUUGAGAGACCUAUACGCGAAGGCGAACAAGUGCUACAGGCCGGGUUUGUUGUCGCAAUUGGUAUAAAAGCCAAAAAUGAUGACGAACUACACAUCCAGGCUCUAGUCCUUCGCACUACCGGAGUUACCACCAAAACUCCGUAUGUUAUUGAAAUCUGGGUUGAUUUGUCAAAACCACCUGGCCAGCGUGUUACCAAAGACUCCUCGCCUGAAUGUCAAUGCCCGGCUGGAGCUUCCGAGAAGUGCAAACAUAUUAUUGCAGUGCUUCUGUACCUGUCAAGGGUUGAAGAGUCUGACUUAGAUGACCUAAGUUGCACCGACAUUGAGCAGCAGUGGGGUUCUCUGAAGGCAGCACCCCUUCAGGAAUACGAGGCGAAAAAACUCACCGAGUUGUGCCAUGUGAAAGCGAAGAGGGAUGUAUAUGUUUCUAACAUGCCAGAGGUCACCAAAGAAAUGGAAGAGAGGUGGAAGGAAGCACUGACCAACUGUAAGAAAUUCUCGUGAUUUUUUUUCCAUUUUUUAUACCGUUUUUAUAAUUUACUUUUUGGCACUUUUU